CCCCUUCCCAUCUCCCACGCAGUCUAAGAAAAUCAGAAUCUCCCAACUAUCACCUUCACUAAUUCCUUCAAAAUCCACACCCCCACCACCCUUAAAUGAUCACCCUCUUCAUUCCUCCUCCAACUUCAUCAAUCCCACUUUUUUCCUGCAUAAUUUGACCCCAAAUCUUGUUCCUUUACUUCGAUUUCAAUAUGAACUCAUAGGGUUCAUCAAAGCUCAAAGGGUACAAGAAAAAUGUCUGUUGCCGAGCUAAAGGAGCGCCAUGUGGCGGCGACUGAGACCGUCAACACUCUCAGAGAGCGAUUGAAGCAGAAAAGGCUUCAACUUCUAGACACUGAUGUUGCUGGAUUUGCAACGUCACAAGGGAGGGCUCAGGUUACUUUUGGACCCACGGAUCUGGUAUGUUGCAGGACCUUGCAGGGACAUACUGGGAAGGUUUAUUCAUUGGAUUGGACUCCAGAAAGGAAUCGGAUUGUUAGUGCAUCUCAAGAUGGGCGCUUAAUUGUGUGGAAUGCACUAACCAGCCAAAAAACCCAUGCCAUAAAGCUACCUUGUGCUUGGGUUAUGACAUGUGCGUUCUCCCCAAUUGGUCAAUCAGUUGCUUGUGGUGGCCUCGAUAGCGUUUGCUCUCUUUUCAACUUGAACUCACCAACUGACAAAGAUGGGAAUUUACCAGUAUCUAGAAUGCUUGCUGGACAUAAGGGUUAUGUUUCCUCCUGUCAGUAUGUUCCAGAUGAGGACACACAUCUUAUUACUGGUUCAGGUGAUCAGACAUGUGUUUUGUGGGACAUUACAACUGGUCUCAGAACUUCUGUUUUUGGAGGAGAAUUUCAGUCUGGACAUACAGCUGAUGUGCUAAGUGUUUCCAUUAAUGGAUCAAACUCAAGAAUGUUUGUGUCUGGAUCAUGUGAUGCAACUGCCCGGUUGUGGGAUACUCGUGUUGCAAGUCGGGCAGUUCGUACAUUUCAUGGCCAUGAGGGAGAUGUUAACACUGUGAAGUUCUUUCCAGAUGGCAAUAGAUUUGGAACUGGUUCAGAUGAUGGAACAUGCAGGUUAUUUGAUAUCAGAACUGGGCACCAAUUGCAAGUAUACCAUCAGCAGCAUGCUGAUAAUGAGGUUCCACAUGUUACCUCCAUUGCAUUCUCCAUAUCAGGAAGACUUCUAUUUGCUGGAUAUUCAAAUGGAGAUUGCUAUGUAUGGGAUACUUUAUUGGCAAGGGUUGUUUUGAACUUGGGAACUCUCCAGAACUCACAUAUCUCACGCAUCAGUUGUUUGGGUUUGUCAGCUGAUGGAAGUGCCUUGUGUACAGGGAGCUGGGAUACAAAUCUUAAGAUUUGGGCUUUUGGAGGGCACAGAAGAGUUAUUUGAGUCUCUAAAGAACUAAAUACUUCUAUAUGCAAGUCCUCUCCUUUCUAGGCAUGUGGUUCCCUGUAGGCGGUAGCCCUUUAUCACACUUUCAUGCAAGAUUCCUCUAUAUUUCAAGCAUGUAAACCUGAUUUGCGGAACAAUAAACUUCAACUCUUGCUUGUAAUUCUUCUGUUAGAGGCUGAUGUGGUUAGGGAGCAGAGGAAAAAGAAUGUAGAAUUGCUUGUGAACUUAAAUUGCAGACAAAUGCCAUUUGUUUGUUUUACCUUCAUUAUGUAUGAAAAACUUUGUUAUUUUCCCUUUGUACCAUCCAGCUGUACACCCCUCCACCCUUUUUU